AUGUUUAGUGAAUAUCGUUUGGAAUUGCUUCUUCAACGAAGGGUUUUAUACAAAGAUUUGCGAGAACGAAUCAUUACAAGCAAUAAUGCUAAUUAUAAUGAAAGACGCGUUAAAGAUGCUCAAGUACGUGUUAACGAAACAACGACACAAGUAAAAAUAAUUGGUAUACUUCUUGAAUACAUCAACAAUCAACAAUGUUCGACUCUAGUCAUUAAUCAAACAACUGAACACCCAAUGUUGCCAAUUAAUGAUGGACAUGAUAAACAUAAUGCAUAUGAUCGACUUGAUGAACAUAAUUUUAAUGAUGAAUUCGAUCUUAGUCCAACACGUGAAAUGAAUACACCAAGUCCACAAAAUCCACAAUAA